GAAUGGACGACGAGUCUGGAGAACAGUACGAUGUGUUUUUGAGUUUCAAGGGAAGCGACACAUAUCUAAACUUUACUAGUAUCCUCCACCGCGAUAUGGUCCGUGCAGGAAUCCGUGUUUUCCUUGCCAACAAGGAACUCCAAGAUGGUGAAAAAAUCAAUGCACUUUUGAAUGCAGUAAAGAAUUCUCGGAUUUGUGUACCCAUCUUCUCUCAACACUUUGCUGACAGUGUAUGGUGUCUCCGUGAGGUAGAAUGCAUGGUAAAAAGCCACUCAAAAUCAAAUGGAAACAAGGAAAUCAUCCCCAUUUUUUUUGACGUGAAGCCCGACGAUGUGAAGCUCAAAACCAAUCGGUACAAGAAAGCCUUACGCAAGCACAAGCAGAAUCUUUUUCUUUCUUUGUCUGGUCUGAAGCGGAGGGGGAAGUAUGGCACCUCUCAAGUGCAGCAAUGGGAAAAUGCACUUCAAACGGUUGGCAGCAUACGUGGACGGGAACUUCAAGGCAAAGGCCAAGGAGAAGAAAUUGACUCAAUUGUUGAAGUGGUUUCCCGUAAACUUAAUACAGGACACGUGAUUGAGACUGAAAAUUUGGUUGAAGAUACUACUCAGGUGCAUGAAAUAAUGAAAUUGUUGGAUGUUGGCUCUGAUGGUGUACGUUACGUUGGCAUUCAUGGCCUGGGUGGCAUUGGAAAAACAACUCUUGCCACAAAUGUGUACAACAGAUUGCGUUCUCACUUUGAUCGCCUUAGUUUCCUUCAUGACGUUCGAGUACAAUGGCAACAUCUUGGUGGUCCUUUAGAUUUGCAGAAAAGGCUUUUAUCAGGUUUUGUCGGUUCGGGGAUUAUUGAUCAAAUUAAUGACGUUAGCCAUGGGAUUGAGAUGAUCAAAAAAGUGUUGAGUAAAAAAAAUGUACUCAUUGUUCUUGAUGAUCUAGACCAGAAAGAGCAACUCGAAAAGCUAGCCGGAAAAUGUGAUUGGUUUGGUUCACGUAGUAGGAUCAUCUUCACCACUAGAAACAGAGAAGUCUUGAUGACUCAAGUGGAACUAUCCAAUGAAGAACCCAAAAGGAUUUUUGAUUAUGAAGUUCAAAGAAUGGAAUUUCAUCUAGCAUUGGAGCUGUUUUGUAGGCAUGCAUUCGGAAGAGUCUCUCCGAUAGAAGUAUAUGCUCUUUCGGCAAAAAAUAUUGUCCGCAGAGUGGGUAUGCUUCCUUUGUCCGUACGAGUGAUAGGUUCUCAUAUUUCUGGGCUAGGCUUUGCCCUGGAAUCACCUGAUAUUCAAAAAAAGCUAUUGGAAGACACGUUGCAGAUGUUAGAACAAGGUGGUUUUGACAAUGUCCGAGAAGUAUUAAUGAUCAGUUAUAAUGGAUUGAAGCGGAAGGAAGACAAAGCAAUAUUUUUGGACAUUGCUUGCUUUUUCACCAAUGAGGACCAAACAUAUCCACUUAUCAUGUGGGCAGACUGUGAGUACUGCCCUCACACUGCAAUUCGUGUCCUCCAGCAACGGUCCUUGAUUAAAAUUAUGGGUAAAAAGCUUUGGAUGCAUGACCAAAUUCGAGAUUUGGGGAGAUUUAUCGUCCUUGAGGAACAUACUCCCAAAUUUGGUAGGUUGUGGGAACAUGAUAAAGUUGUAGAACUACUGCAGAGAAAACAGAGAAAUGAAGAUGUAAAAGCCCUAAGCCUGACUUCCAAUGACAGUAGCCAUGACUUGGCAGAUGAAGAAUUAGCUGCUCUACCAAAACUGAGGUUCCUUCGAGCAAAAGGGUCGGAUUUUUCCGGCAACUUCAAGGAUCUUCUUUCGGAGCUAAGAUGGCUUUCUUGGCAGACAUGGCAAACGACUUUCCAGGCAGAAAACUUUCACUUUAGUAGAUUGCUUGUACUCAACCUUUCGAAUAGCAAUAUUAAAGAUGACUGGGACGCUUGGAGCCAAAUGAAGAUGGAUAAAUUGCAAGUUCUAGAUUUGACGGGUUGCGCGGGCUUAACAAGGACACCUGACCUCUCCAACUUCACAUCUUUGGAGACGUUGAUUCUUGCUCAGUGUGUCAAUUUAACCAUAAUUCACGGCUCCAUUCGUAAGCUACAACGCCUAAGAACUUUCGAUAUCAGCGGAUGCAUGGCUCUUCGAGAAUUGCCUACAGAAUUCGGUUAUCUGCAAUCUUUGACGGAGAUUAUCAUGCCUCAACAUUAUCAACCCUUCAAGCUUCCGGCGACAUUUGGAGGUUUGCAUUCUUUGUCAAGUUUAAUAUUGGAUGACCGCCCUGGAAUCAGUGAACUUCCAAACUCUAUUGGAGGGUUAGUGAAUCUUACACGUUUAUCUUUAUGCGAGUGUGUGGGGAUAAAGGAGCUUCCAAGUUCUAUUGGAGAAAUGAAAAUGUUGGCUGAGUUGAAUUUAUCAAAGUCAGGAAUAGAUGGACUACCUGAUUCCAUUGGAUCUCUAAAGAAACUAAAAUUGAUCAGAGUAAGUUAUACAAAGAUAACAAAGCUUCCUCAUACUAUCGGACAGGUGGAGAUGCUUGAAGAAUUACAUGCCAAGAAGUGUUGGAAACUGACAGAUGAAAACCUAGAGAAAAUUAAGACGCUAUCCCAUUUGAGGAUAUUGGACAUGUCAUAUACUAGUGUAUCUAGCUUCCCCGCAGUGCUAGGUGGUCUUUCUCGUCUCGAAGCACUUGAAAUGUGUUCAAGUCACCCACAAAAGGUCCCUGAUCUUCCCUCAAGUUUGAAGCACCUUCACAUGCAAGCACCUCACUUUCGAAUUAUCCCCAACCUCUCAAGCCUCGUCAAAUUAGACUAUCUAGAACUAUCUAUAUCAACCAUUCCAAUGGAGGUACCUGACGAAUCUAGGACGAACAAUUCACCAGAAGAGCAAGUGAUCCAUCCACUUCCAUCUAAUUUGUCAACCAUGAAAUUUCGGGAAAUUAAUCAGCUACCACCUUUUUCCAGCUUACAAAAUUUGUUGGAGAUGUCUUUAGUUGAAUAUCCAAUGGCAUGCUUGUCCGUCUCUCAAGACCUAACACAUUUGAGAACAUUGACACUAAGAAAAUGUAGAUUGCUGGAGAAAAUACCUGGUCUGGCACUCUUGAAGAACCUACGGCGGUUGGAACUGAAAAGAUUGGAAAGUUUGGUUAAGAUUGAUGAUCUGUCGAAACUUGAAUCAUUGGAGCACUUAUGUAUUGCCCUUUGUGAGAGGAUAGAAAGCUUACCCAACUUAUCAAGCUUAAGUAAGCUACGGCAUCUUGAGCUAGAAGCAUGUCCCAAUAUAAGAAAAAUCGAGGGUCUCAAGGGCAUAGAAAGCAUGGAGUUAGAUAAACGAGGUGGCACUAUCCUAGAAAGAUUGCUGGACGGCCCAGAAUCGACCUGGCUUUCUCGCAGAAUUCCAACGUAUGAUGUAUUCCUGAGUUUUAGGGGAUUGGACACUCGUUAUAGCAUUGUCGAGAUCCUUUACAAGAACCUUCUUCAUAACAAAGUUCUGGCUUUUAGGGACGAUGGGAUAAGGAGCCAUGGUGAAGGAAUUCCCAGAGAGCUUCUGGUAGCACUUCACCACUCUCAUAUCUACAUACCCUUCUUAUCGAAGAACUUUGCUUCUAGCACGUGGUGUGUCCAUGAACUAGUUAGCAUGGUAAAACACCAGAAGUCAGAUGGAGAGAGAAGAAUCCUGCCCAUUUUUUACGACGUGGAGAGGGCUGAUGUUAAGCUUGAAAGCAAUUUAUACAGAGAUGCCCUGAAUGGCCACAGGAGCUUAUAUCCCCAUGACGCGGAGCGAUGGGACCGCGAACUGAAGGAAUGGGAAGAGGCUUUUAGAUAUGUCGGGGACAUGAAGGGAUACGACCUGAAAGCCAACAGCCUCGAAGAAGUAAUUGACUUGAUCACUGAAGAGGUUUCGAGGGAUCUGUUAGAUGCCAACGCUGUUUGCGGCGGUUUCCGGCGGUGCUCGGCGGUGGGACAGAGCCUGGGGGUCAAGGGGGAAGUGGAGUGGUGGUGGGUGGCGGUCGGAAGCGGCUCGGGGCGGCCGGAGCAGCUCACAAGCUCACUGGACCCGAAACAGGGCAGGGGCGUCGGGCGGCUGUUCACGGCUUCCGGGGCGGCGCGCGGUGGUCGGGGAGGUGGCGACGAGGUGGCUGAGCGACAGCGGGGGAGUGAGGUGGUGGUCGGGGGUGGUGGUGUCGCUCAAAAGGCUGGAAGGAGGAUGGAAGCUGUUCGGUGA